AAUGAAAUCGAAAGCGAAAGUAAUAUUUAAAAUUUCAGAAAAUAAAUAGUAAGUAUAGAACCUCUAGUGUCAUUUAAAUCGCGUGGUUUGUAACAGUCUAGAAUGGAGUUUCAGAGAUUGUCGUCUGGAUAUCCUCGUUCAUUUCACACGGCAUUUGAUACAGUUAGCGAAAUAAAGGGCCCUAUAGCAUCCCUUUGUGGUGUUCCUCGCCACUGUGUAGACAUCGUUGAUCUUGAGGAGGGGCUAAUAUACGAAAAUAGCAGAGGUAUUCUGAACCUUCCUCGCCCUAUCCAAGUGAUGAUAGGGGCUAAUGAGAGGCGUAUUCCAUUCUAUCUUGUGACAACUGAAGUUGAUAUGAUAGAGCAGGACCCUGAUGACGAGGAACCAAGGCUUAAGAUGUCAUGUGGACAUGCUAUUACACCCUACAACUUAUUUGGACAUAUGAGGGAUACUCUCAUGAACAAAGUUAGACAUUCUAUUUGCUGCCUUACUCCAGGUUGUCUGCAGGAAUGGAGCUUUCGAGAAGUAGCACAGAAAGCUGAUACGACAGAGGAUGAAAGGAUUUUCUUUGAAUAUAAAAUUUCUCUAAAUGCAAUUCUUCAAGGCAACGGCGAGACAUCUGAAUGCCCAAAUUGUGGGCAAUUUUGUCAGCGCCAACAAAAUAGCAAAGCUGUUCAUUGUACACGCUGUGCAUCUAAGGGGUUGGAUAAACAGUUUGAUUUUUGCUGGGAUUGUAAAUCCCCAUGGAUACCAAAUCAUGUCUGUGGUAAUAAAGACCUGGAAGCCAUACAAAAACUCCUGAAUGAUGCUCCAAAGAAAACUUUAGAUUAUUCCAAAAUUGAAAAUGUCCCUUCUAAGAGACUAUGUCCAAACUGCAGAACUCUAAUUGAGCAUGAAAAGAUGUGUAAACAAAUGAGAUGCCCGAGCUGUAAAUCCGAGUUCUGCUUCUCAUGUUUAACUCUCUGUGUAAACCAAAGAUUGCAGUGUUCCGGGUAUAGCACCCAGUGUAAAGUUGCUCCAGUUCAGAAUGUAUUCACUACAUAAACAUUCUUUUAAAAAUACCGUUAUUACUGAGUAUUUCCUUCAAUAAAUAACUUUAGAGUAAACAUUGUAGGUAAUUGCAAAGUAAUACAAGUAUAACAUCAGUCUAUAUCAAGUGUUUGUAAUUUAUUUAAUAUAAUACAUUUUUGUCACAAAAA